CCGUUAUUAUUCCUGGCCAUGUGCAGUAGAGUGAAACCUGAGACUGAGACCUGAGAUGAACACCUGAGAUUGAGGUCCUGGUUAGUAGUAUCUAAAUUUCACCGAGGAAUGAGUCUUUGUUAUAUGGUUCUCCGAGAAAGUAGGAAGGCUUUUGUGAUUUUGUCAAGAAGAAACAUAGUGCUAUGUAGCAGAAGAAUAUCCUCUACUGUUUUUGGCUGGGGUUCAAAUGAUGCUGGAGAACUUGGCAGAGAUAAAAAUUUAGAUUCCCAUUUAAAGCAUGCCAGCUUUGAUUUGGAUGAAGAAGUAGACCUGGUAAGAUGUGGCUAUGGAACAACAUUUCUAUCUAACAAAUCAAGUUUUUCAGUUUAUGCAUUUGGUCUAAAUUCAGUUGGUCAGCUUGGUAACCAGGAAAGGUCAAAUAAAGCGAUAAGGAAAGAUUGUGAUGGAACAGUCAAAGGGAUUUCUGCUGGUAGAGCUCACAGCUUGGUUUUAACAGAUAAAGGAGUUUUUGCAUCUGGAUCAAAUGUUCAAGGGCAAUGUGGUCUAUUGCGUGAUAUAAGAUUUACAGAGUCUUUAGAAAAAGUUCUCUUGCCUUUUGAUGCAGGUAACAUAAUACAGAUUAGUUCUGGUUUGGAUAAUAGUCUCGUCUUAACUACUGAUGGUAAAAUAUAUUCCACUGGGCUUGGAGCUGACGGACAGACAGGCCUUGGUCACCAUGAGUGUCAAUACGGUUUUACACAAGUUGCGGGGCAUAUUAAUAACGAAUGGAUAUCGCAAGUUUCAACAACAACUGAUGCUUGUCUAGCUCUUACUGGUAAUGGGAGCGUCUAUGGAUGGGGAAACAACGAGCUAGGACAAAUUUCAAAGAAAAUCGGUGACAAACAGAUUGCUGUCCCAACACAGGUGCUAAAUUCCAGCAUAUUGCCAAAUAUUUGUCAAGUCUUUUCGGGUGGCUCGUUCUCAGCAAUUCUAUCAGAUGGUGAUGUUUACGUCAAGGGUUAUGGUGCACUUGGCCUUGGACCUGAAUAUGUUGAUGUUGACGAUUUCAGCAAAUUGGAAUUGGACAAAUCAUUCGGAAAAAUUGUCAAAAUAUCUGGAAGUGCAGAUUACAUCGCUGCUCUUACUGAUACCAGAAAACUGCUGACAUGGGGAAGAGGCAACCAUGGUCGCCUUGGACAUGGAGAUACAAAUGACCAAUAUUUUCCUAGAGAAGUGAAUCUCCCUGGGCCUGUCAUCGAUUUUGCUUGCGGUAACGAUCAUAUGGUUUCAAUAGUGGCCUUAGAUGAGUAAGGAAGAAAAGAUAAUUUAGAAAAAUUACAAGAAUUACUUUGAACCAAAGUCCACAAACAAAACAACGUCAGAAAAAUUCUGCAACAACGGCAGCUAGUGGGAUGUGGAGGGGUAAGAGAACGCUUUCUUUACGGGUCAUGAUUUAUUUUUUUAAAUUUUCAUGGCUUUGGAAAAAUACUGCUUUGAGCAGAAGUAACAUUCCAUUCAAGGAUAAAGUAAUUCAUUACAGGAAAAGUAAUUCAUUAACAGAAAUGAGAGAGCCAAGGAGAGACUACUGUGAGUUUGCUUUCGUUCAAAGUCAGAUUUAUUGGAAGCGAUGAUUAUGGUGGUGGUGUUAGUUACUUUGUUAAAGUAGGUCUUUUGCUCCACUUUGUAGAAAGAAAAACUGAUUUUGGUGACUCUAGGGAGAAGAUUUGAAACGAAAUAUUCACCGAAAAAUAGCGGCUUGUUGACAACAUUGACGCGCCAGUUUAGGCCUUGUUACCGUCAGCUCAAUGUUAAAAUGACGUCCAAAUGUGCUUGUUUUCCGUCACAGUGCUGUUGGUGUUGCUAAGAAGAUCUCUCUACGCAAUGAGCUUAUUUAAAUGGGCGAAAUGUCCAGCAGAACAUUCACACAAGUAAUACCAGACUCGAAAUAGCUAAGUUUGCAGACGAACUCCUAAUGCCAUGUUUGAAAGCUCAACAGCACAGUUGUUUUGGAUAGGCCCAGACUGUUACCAUUUUCUGGACAAUGCAAACAGCUUACAAAUCUACCAUGUAACCUGCUUGCUUGAAACAUUAUGUUUUAAGAUAAGGCCUUUACGAAAGUUCUAUCGUUUGGGUGCGGUUGAUAACGUUAUCUCAGUUGCAAAAACUUGCAGUAAAAAAGCUCAGUAGAGUGUGUAAAUACCCUUAAACGCUUUUUGUUACCUCGAUUGAACGAUUGAACGGUCCAUAUCUUGAUUUUUAACGCCGAUUUCAUUAAGUUUUGGCUGUGGCACUGUUCAACAAGAUAGAGCAUUACAGUUUAAAGCACAGAAAAAUAGAGCAACUUCGUUUUAAAUUAUUUUCAAUAAACCUAUAAACCUACAAACGCAAUUCAGCCAAAAGGUGACUCCCACAAGCCUCCUUUAUUUAAGGUCAGAUUGUUACGGGUUUAUUCUGUAAUACUUAAAUACGAGUAUUCGUGCAUUGGCAAAAACGAUAUAUUUUCAUCCGAAGCUAUUAUAAGCGUUUCAUUUCAAUUUUGGUAACUUUUGCUUAGUCAUUUAAGUUACAGUAAGUACGUAAUUUGUUCUUAUUGGUUGGCUUGCAAAUAUGGUGAGAAAGUCAAAAGCAGAAUUUGACCCAUGAAUAAAUAUUGCUCGUAUUCUGGAAAAGAAUUUUUUAACCGAAGACGUCGGCAUCGGAGUUACUGAUUCUGCAAUCUUGCUAAUGCCGUGUAAUUCAAAUGCCUUUUCUGACUCACUAUUAACCUGUCAUACUUCUGCUCAGGUUAAAUACUCUUUUAUGUCUUCAUCUGUUUGCAUCUUCAUUGCUACAUUCAUGCAGUAGAUAAUCUAAAAAUCCCCCUCUAGUUUUUUCACGCUUUUUGUCAAAUCCUUUUCACUGCAAUUGAAGUUAAUCUCCAAAUAUUUCAUAUUUUGAAACCUCUAUUUCUGUAGCUACAUACAAGCAAACUUUUGCUCUCGAUGAAAAACAUCGGGGCAUUUGCUACUUCUAUCCUAGAUGAUUUAAGGUUCUAGCUUUUGGCAAGCUAAAAUCCCGUUAAGACAUUGGGUAUUCAGAUCAAGAGGUUAUUGGCUCGUGGAGCUCUUGCACCUGCCGUCACUUGAAAACACGAAUUCCUGCGGAGACUUUGUAAUUUUAUCUCAAUAAGUUUAGUUGAUUUUCAGAUUUUCUUCAAAUUGCCUCAUCUUGCCCAGCGUUGUCUUUUGUUGACAGUAGGAAGCUUUUUUUCAAGGGAAGAAGAUGUAAAAAUUGAUAGCCUCUGAAUCGUAUUAUUUUUUGCAUUGCGACAGCAGUGACUAUUGGUCUCACACACAAGACUGACAUUUUGCCAAGAAUAUACAAGACAGAUAUUUUGCUCACGAUAUAAUGAUUUGGUAAAGUACAGACAUUCUUAGAGAUGUCUUUCUAAUUUUUUUUAACAUAAUAAAAAAUGAAGACGCUUUCGAAUUUAUCAGGCAGCAAAAUUGCUUUGUUACAUUCAUCUAGUUCUGGAUAUACUCCUUUUGCGAUAAACUUGCAUUUAGUGUGAUCAUCCCAAAAACAGUCGCUUGGUGAUGUUUAUUGAAAAUAGCCUUUUUAUGUCUGGAAGGUUGUGUUUGUACUAAGAGUCAAUCAUGAAAUAGAUCUGUUAUAUUUAUUUAAAAUAGUAGCUAGACGUUCCGAAUCGUUUUUAAUGCCUCUAAAAUGCGCGGCAUCUCAACGUAUUACCUUGGCCUCGAAUGUCGAAAUUGUCUCAUUUUAAAUCCACAAUAAAAACCCUCGACAGCUGAUCAUAAGGAUUUUCUUUUCAAUUAUGAAUGUUUGCAUACAAUGUUAGUCUUUUAUUCUUAACGCAUUAAAAUACAUUAAAUAAGAUACAUGUGUAUUUUUAAUUGUUAUCUAUGCAAAUCCGAUUUACAAGGCAUCUCUAUGUCAAUGAACAUGCUUUUCUCAUUAUGUUCAGAAAGUAAACAGUUUUUGAAAGGGCCUUUCGAUUGACAAGUAUUUUUUCUCAUUGGCAAUAGUGCUUAUCACCGAAUAGUGCUUAUUCUCACUUGAGGUCGACGCUAUCAACUCUUUGUUGAAGGGUGUGUCUGAAUAGCACUGUUUAUGUAAAAGAUUUCUUUUAUAUUUGUCAUAACUUGCACCUUUAUCAAUCCAUGUUUUCUUAGUCUGUCGACAGGUGAGUAAAAUGAGAUACUACUUGGGACUCUUUGAAACAAAAAGCGUUCUUAUCACCGUAAGAUAACGUGUUUACAUUGGCGAAUUCAAUGAUUAAGUGGAAAACAAAAAAUUCACCGAUACGAAAUGGAGGUUUGGGAUGAUAUUUGUUCAUAAUACAAUUUCUAGGAUUUAGCUAGAUCAAUAAUUAUUAUCAAUCUGGUUAUUUGUUUUUUCGUUGUGCAUUUCUUGGAUAGUUUGCCCUUGGAGAAUUGGAUUAGAAAAUGUUUUAAACUGCUUUUAUAAACGGAAUUUUUAAAUGAUCAUAUACAUUUUUUUGGUUUGCACUUCAUGUUUUUUGCAAGUAAUCUUGUAAAGAACUACAAAACAGUAACUUCUAUCUUUGAAUUAUGUUUAUCAAACUAAGUCAACUAUAUUUUAGUUUGUUAGUGAACAGAAUAGAUACCAAUUUUUGAUGAUGAUUAAUACUCCACCAAUUCUGAGAUCCCACGAAAAAUCCUUUUUCGAUAACGAAUAUCCCUGAGUGUGCAACGGAGAUCUGAUGGGGAAUCUGUCCAUUUUCCCAAGAAGAAAAUUCCAAAGUCCAAAUGCAUAAAGAAUUUGGUUGCUAAGAAUAUGUUGUUCAAAAUCACAGUAUUGUUUUAGUAAAUCACGUUCAGUCGGUUAUUCUCGUUUAUCGCAUCCUCUCCGUGCUUUUAGCUCUGCGCUGCAUAACUGGAUGACAAAUCCCGGACAAAAAUGGUUGAGACUUUUCAAGGAAAGUUUAUCUUUUCUCUUUCAUUUAAAAAAUAACUUCCCCCUCCACCCCCAAUUCAAUGUUGAAUGCAUGAUUUUGAAGGAGAAAUGAUAGAACUACAAAUCCAACAUUGAUUCGGGGUGAAAGGGGGGAUUCGAAUCUAUAGGGGUGACAUAGAGUAGAAAUUGCAAAAAUUGCAUUUUGUCUCACCAAUUUGUCGGGGAAUGUAGAUGACAGUUCUAGAUUACAAAUCUAUAUGAUUUGACAGUUGCUUUUCCAAUUCUGACAGUUGCUGGUUGCUGGUUACGUUUAGGAUGCUCACCAGGAACUAUCCAGGGAAGUUCAGUUAAGAGCUGAGACAAAGUAACCAUAAAUGGAUCAAGCAAAUUUUAAAAUAUCAACUAGUGUUUAAAGUUCUAAAAAGGGUCAUUAAAUGGUAUUUUCAACGAGUGAAAAGGGUCCAACGAUUGUGAAAACUUCCAACAGGCGCAAAAAGAUCUAACAUUUGUAAAACCGGACAACCAACUAACUGAAAAGGUACGACAGAUUUGGAAAAGCCCAACAAGUACAGUUAAAUACAGUGAAAUGUAAUGAAUUAUUAAUGUGGGAAAGGAAGCUGGCUUGAUAUUGCUUUUGCCGUGAUUUUUCUCCUGUUUGUAUGGAUUAAGUAUGGUUGUUUCUAGAAUAAACCCCAAAUCGCCUGAGUCCAGGUCAUUCGUUCACAGAUUACCGAUACAGCUUGACUCAUUCCUCCAGUCCUGGUCACAGCAUUUUUUCUUUCUAAGUGAACUCAUCCCAAAAAAUCGAGGCCUGACAUCUGGAAGAUUUAGAAUCUUGGAAGUUUUGAGGAUCAUCGUAGUCUUUCUUUUUACCUGCACUGAUCGCUCAGUCUAUUUGACUACGCUACAACUAAAAGAAUCUACGUCUCAACUAAGUAUGUUUAUGGUUGAAGAUGAAUUAUUGACUCACAAAGGCUGAAGCUUUCAAUGUAUUAUUUUCCAGUGGCGAAAAUUAUAGAGAGCAUGGGGAAGGGGUGCUCGGGCCGUCUAAAAUUGUGUCCCCUUCCCUCAGAAAGAAAACAUGAUUUUAGAAGCAAUCAAGGGAAAAUUAUUCCAGUGAUAAUCUUCAGUACUGAAGUGAACCUUUAAAGUGAUGUUUUAAAAAUAAUACUUGAUUGCUAGCGUUCUUUGUAGACCGUAUUCUUUUCGUAUUAAGUAUUCGGGUUGAAGGGAAGAGGACAAUUAUUUUGACCAAGGCUCCCAAUUCUUGUGUUUGUGAGUUAGAUAUUAACAUCUUCGAUCGUUAUUCUGGCGUUUUAUAUUUUGACGAAUGCAAGAUGAGAAACUUUGUACAAUUGUAUGAGUACUCUUUUGAACCCAUCAAUAAAUUUUAUACCGCCAAAAAUUGUUUAUCACAUUUUUUAUUUGUUUCUUACUUUAUCAAUCUUCAGUCAGUGAUUUCGAUUAUUUCACUAUACUAAUGGGCCUAAACAUAAAUUUACCCAUUUUAAUAGGUUCACACCUUCCGUCUAGGUUGUAAGUUUUUAAUUGAUUGGCUGUUCAUAAUCGUUAUGUAGACAAUGAAUAGCUAAUACUCUUAUGGCACCCAAGUACUCAAAUGCAAACGAAAUCUGAAUCCGGCUUCAAAUAUGAGAAGGAACUUUUCUUAUUUUGAUCCUGGAAUACUACACGCACUGAUCUGUAUUGUUGAUCAAUAUCAAUCCAAGUAAGACCAACUGCUAUCUUUGAACCGUAUAUUUGCACUUCUUAGAUUUAGAAGAAUUGUCUUGCCUCCACUUAAACUCUGCUUUUUCUUAUGGCUCAUUCAUAAAAGUCUAUAUAAUAUGGGAGAUUACUGACAUAAUCUGGAAGGCCAUUGUGAAUCUGCAGCUGUUGUGUUCUCACGGAGGAGCCUUCUUUGAGGGUGCGGUUCUUGACUUAAUGUAUCAGUGAUACUUGAGAUGAUUUCAUUUUAGUUGUUAAUCAAAAAAAUUUCUCCACACAAAGACUGUCCAGUUUAUUUUAGGUCCCUUAAUUUCGUUAUAUUAGCACUGCUUUUGCUACUACGACCAUGGAAAUAUUUGCUAAGUUUUGAAUGCUUUUAUUGCAAUACGAGCGUCUUAUUGCAUGUCUGUUUUCUGCAUCUAUAAAAUUGGUUGUCCGCAGUAUUGUUGUGUUUUGUUUAUUUAUUUCUGUAAUGUGAAAAGCUCUUAGUACUAUCCCUUAAGACGCAGACGAUGGAACAGGUGGCAAAAUUUAUCUUUUCUCGCUGCUAGAACAAGAAUAAGUGUCUCCAGUUUUAUCCACGCGGCUAAUGGAAUUAAGUUUCUAUUGCACUAGAAAGCAAACAUAUUUGUUAUGAAAUCCAAAGUGUCCUUUCUGCACCUAGAAAUUGUUGCUAUUAUCAGGUACUUGAGUAGGGGUGUAACAGAGUCCCCCGAGUUGUGACAUCAUUAAAAUAUAUAAUGUUUCAUCGAUUGCCAAUUGAUGAAACAAGGUAUGGACACAUAAGGUAAUGCUACUGCGAACCAGUGGCGGGGUGGCUAUGUUUUCCCUGGGGUGGCCAAGUCGAUUUUUGCAACUUGAAUGCAAAAUUUCAUAAAUAAAGUUUGACUAAAAAUGCGGAUAUGUAUGGAAAAGUUAUGUUAUCCUAACAUUUGACCUUCUCGAUCGUGGUUCGGUAAAAUAUCAAGCUAUUUUGAAUUGGCUUAUAAGCGUGUCACCGCAUAUAUGAUGUAUGAUAUACAAACAUGGUUCAAGUUUGUUAUUCUUUAGCAGUUAUUAAAUAGUAGUUUUUUCAACAACUUGAAAGUUUCAAGCAUUGAAUCGCACUAUUGAAUCGGACAGAGGUGGCGGUCACAAAAUUGAAUCUGGGGUUGGGCUAAGGAUCAAGUUUAGUGACAAAGGAGGACCCACCAUGGUUGGGUCCGACGCGGAAGAAAAUUUUUGAAAUCAAGCCCUCUAGAAUGGCUAAAAAUGUAUCUCCCAUAAUAAAAUUUAACAAAUCACUACACCGCUCAGAAUAGACAGUUCAACGAUGCUCAGAAAGACAUGGAUUUUUUAUUUUUUUUUAAAAAAUUUGGGAAGGGAGGAUUCAUGCGUUGGAAAAAGAAAGAAAGGGUGACCUUUAGUUCACAUCGAUGUUAAUAACAAGAAGCUGCUGUAUUGAUUGCCAGGGUGCAUUCCAUGUACUUAGGCCCGAAGAUCUGUGGCGUUCACUCAGGCUUUUUGGCGUUCCGAGUACAAACUAAUAGAAAACAUUUUUGGCAUACGUAAAAUCUUCGUUAGUUGGCGUGCUAAACAUGAAACCACGUACAUAGUUAAAACGAAAACAUAUGAAACAAAUGUUGAUUGGGUCAUGGCAGCGCAACAUGCUUCGAUUAUAGAAUCUCGCGUUAUUUUAGAUUGUUCACAGCAAGUUAUAGCGAAGUGUUCUACCCGUGUACGAUCACUUUUGAUGUUUCUAGCCAAAUAUUACAAGGAAACAAUUUUGGCGCCCCCUUAACUCCAUUUGCGCCCCUAUUCAGGGGGGGGCCACGGCCCCCUGGCCCCCCUGCCACCACGCCACUGCUGCGAACAGCCAAUCACUUCACUAUGACAUCGCUUUAUUUCUAUUGUUUAAGUUGUUCUUUCCGAGUAAUGAUUAGGAAUAUGACAUGCUAUUCUUCGCCGAUAUAUGAAAACUGCUUUUAUGUUGAGAAAGACCAGAUUAGGAUUAUUUCUUGAAUAACUGACGAGCGAAAAACUAAUUAUGGCUGUGACACGUACCCAGUAAGGGUUAAACCGCUCUGUUUCUUUUCAGUUGAAUGAGAUAGUAAUGUUUUAGUGGAUUUAAAUAAAUAUUUGAGCUUGAUAUAGAAAAACUUUAUAAAACGUAAAGCCAAACAUGCUUGUAAACACUCUAGUGCUCGAGCCCCCUAAAAAGCUGGCUUCCCCCAACCGACUCCCACUAAAAGUCCCCAUUGUGACACUGAUUUUGGCACGCAUAAAAAGGAUAUUGCCAUUCAUUUUGCGACAUUUUAAAGCUUGAUAGAACGUGCAAAAAUGUUAAAAAAUAUUGUACGGGUGCUCCACAAGACUCAUCGCUUUGUACUUUUAUGGCUGUAUUUCAAAGAAUUUUCAAAAAAUAAAAUGGCUCUUCUAGGCCUGCCGAGGCAAGAAAAAGCAUUAUGAAAAAUUACCCUUUUUGAAUAGAUAUCUGUCUUUCAUAGAUUAUGACUGCUUAGAAUAUCAAAGAAAAUUUAGUUAGCUUACCAACUGCUGCGAAUACCGUUACUUGACAGAGUUAUUUGUCUGUUUUGCAUCUUUGGUGCCAUAUGAUAGCAAACUGUGAAGCAUACAUGAGGAAGCUAACUCACAAUGUCAGUUAGUCGCGUCGUUUUCAAAGUCGCUUUAAGUAUCAUCUCUCAAAACUUUUAUGUCCUUGCUGCAAUGUAACACCGAACAUAUCAUCUAUGUACAAAUGCUCUAAUUAUUGGAAAGUAUUGGCAUUUUUACAACUGGACAUAUAUAUCAGAUUUAAAUGCAGCAAUUUUUCCAAGUGAACCUUUCGCCGACAGCCGCUAGUCAUGUCCAAAUGCACGAGACUCGUCAACAUUUUAUCUUCUCAAAAUCAUCUUAAAAAUUAUUUGUUUGUUAUGAUGAAAAUUUCAUCCCUAUCAGAUUUUAACCGCUAAAUUCCAAUGUUAUUACUCAAUAUUUGUCGGAAAAGAUCCCGAGCGUUUUCAAAACAGACUGUAGAUUGAACCGAAAUAUAUGCAGUUUAGAAUAAGUUAUCCCUUCACUUGUUUCUUACUUUUAUUAAAUGAAAUUUCUCUUUUCGACAGAGGUUCCUAGCCACAGUUUGCUUUCAGAAUGUACUUUAGGUGUUGUUGCAACUUUUUUAACGGCAAAGACAGACCAGCGGCUGUAUUUCUCAGUUUACUGAAGUCACCGCCCGAAUUUUUUAUAAAAUGUAAUAGAUAUGUUUCGGCACCAGCCUCUUCAACAAUAUGAACAACACCGAUAGUUAGCAGCUGCUGAUUUUGUAAUACUGUAGUUGCAGAAGAAUCACGUUAACUAUUCGUUAUAUUUCGAGUGAAAGAUUUACUAAGACCUUUGAAGACCAACGGAGUCUCUCAGAUUACCAAGCUCGUCACGCUAAGGUGAGGCGAGGGGGCGGGGGCUGUGACACCCCCUUUUGCCGUGCAUGGAGAUGUUAAAAUUAAAGGACAAGCCGGAUUAGGUGUUGGGGGUGAGUGCUAUCGGUAAAAAUGAAAUCAAAAUUUCGGCUUCUUGUAAUUAUAAAAAGAUGCUUGUCGUUACUAGAGAGUUUAAUGAUUAAGGCACUACGGUUAUAAGUCUAAAUAUGGUUUCAUAUAAAACUACACAUAAAAGAAACAUUCUGAAUCGCCACUGAAUAAUAUUCAAACUUGAGAUGUUCAGCCUGAUACCCCCGACCCCAGUCGGUCUAACAGCUCCAAAGGAUUGAUUCAAAGG